AACGAAAAUCUUUAAAACACAGACACCCGCUCAUUCUCUCUCUCUCUCGUUAUAGCUCAGAAUUUACUUGGUAAAUCGCUCUCAAUAGGAAAUGAAGGACGACGAUGCACCGUCACCGACGACGAAGAAGGAUAACAGCAGCGGCGACGCUAGCCUUUUUGGUAAGGGGAGGUACAAGUUCUGGGCCUUAGCCGCUAUUCUACUUCUCGCGUUCUGGUCUAUGUUCACUGGAACUGUUACCCUCAAAUGGUCCGCCAGUAACCUAAAUCGUCUCUCCGACCACCUCAACACUCCAAUCCUCGACGAUCUCGACGUCCUGGAAGUAGAGGAGAGGGAAAAGGUAGUGAAGCACAUGUGGGAUGUCUACACUCACAGCCGUCGGAUCCAGCUACCGCGGUUCUGGCAGGAGGCCUUUGAGGCUGCGUAUGAGGAUUUGGUCAGUGAUCUACCUGGUGUCAGAGACGCUGCCAUCUCUGAGAUCGCUAAGAUGUCCAUGCGCUCCAUUGAUUUCGAACCACCUCCUGUCCAAUCAGCGAGUGCUCAAAAGACAAGAAAUAGUCCCAAGCAAGCAGCAAUGGAAAGCAAGAAGAAGCAGAUAACAUCAACUGGGAGUAGUAAUUGAAAUGAAAAGCAUUUUUGGACUCACAAGUUUUGGUUUUUCUGACGAGAAAGAAUACAUGCAGUUUUUCAUUUCUUCACAGAGAGAAGCUAAGGAUCCUUGGAGACAGUUCCAAUUAUCUUCCAUCUUUUCUCUUUAAAAAUUUUGUGGCCAUGCAUCUCCUUGAUUAGGUGUGGAUUGGUGGACGCAAAAUAGGUUUUGUAGCCAGAUGGGUUCAAGUACAUUUUGAAACCUUGCUAAGAAGUUUCUUCAGUUGCGAGGACAUGAGCAAGCACCUCUUGAAGUUUUGGAGCGUUGUUGUUUGUCCCUUGCCUCUAGUGGUGAACCCCAUGUUAUCUCAGUGUUAUCUAAGUUUUUAUAUGUAUAUUCAUAGUUUCAUACUUGAUGUUUGAAUUGAUGGUAAUAUGCGAAAGCAAUAAGGCUUGAUUGUCUUAAUGAUCGCAGUUUGUAAUAUCUUUUCCCUGUAGACUUUCUCUCAUCAACCAUGCAAAAGGAGAUAUGGUGGAUAGUUCAACCAGGAAAGGUGAUGAUGGCUGUGGUUGGACAAUUCUGGAAGGAACGUUAAUGGCUCGGGUCUCUCUCUCUCUCUCUCUCUCUCUCUUGCUGGUCAGAAUCUAUUGGUGACACUUCCUUUAUUCUUUUAGGGGUACUUAAAAAUCAAAGGAUAUCAUUUUGGUGUAAUUGGGUUAUGCAAUAAUAUAGAACUAAUGUGCAUUAAAUAUGGAAA